UGAUCGAAUCUGGAUCCAUGUAUACUCUACUUAAUGGAGGAGUUGAUGUUUCGAUGGUCGUAUUUGAAUAUUUGGCUGGCGAUUCAGCAUUAUUAAUGAAAGAUGAAUUUCGGACAUGGUCUUGAAGAUACGUAUAAAGUAAUGAUGAAGAAGUUAUCACGUUGAAUUGAUUUCAAUUAUAUGUAUUUGCUUCCUCGUUUGCAGUGAUGAAACACCAUCAGUAACGUUUAGCAAAUCAGAGUCCAGAGUCCAGACAAGACAACGAUAUCGAGGAAUGAAUGAUCGAGGCAUCGAGGUGUAGGUGAAAUACAAUGUUCACUUGCGGUAACAUGUAAGUAGCUAAAUCAAACGAAAAAUUAGUCAAGUUGGCAACAUUGCCGUACCAGUCCUCCAGUGCAUUGUUCAAUUUCGAUCAAGUGCGUCGGAGAUUGCGCGUUUCGUAGUGGUUUUUUGUUCGAAAUUUGUGCAUUUGUGUUGUGAAGUGGUGCUCGAAGAAGGAUUUUUUUUGCAUGAGCUGAUCUCCUCCCAUCGCCGAUUAUAUUCGAAGAAGCAACAAAUCGAAGACUAAUAUCAAUGAGGUCUGAAAAUGAGAGAAGAAGACUUGGAAAUAGCGAUAAAAGUGGUGAUUGUGGGUAACGGAGCAGUUGGAAAGUCAAGCAUGAUACAACGAUAUUGCAGAGGAACAUUUACUCGAGAGUAUAAAAAAACUAUUGGAGUCGAUUUUCUCGAACGUCAAAUACAAUACGAAGGUGAAGAUGUCAGAUUAAUGUUAUGGGAUACCGCUGGUCAAGAAGAAUUCGACGCCAUCACCAAAGCCUAUUAUCGCGGUGCCCAAGCUUGUGUAUUGGCAUUCUCGUCCACCGAUAGAGGAUCUUUCGAAGCCAUUCAUUCGUGGAAAGUCAAGGUGGAAGACGAAUGUGGCGAUAUUCCAACAGUUUUAGUACAAAAUAAAAUCGAUCUCGUGGAUCAAUGUGUUAUCGACUCAAAAGAAGCCGAAUUAUUAUCACGGGCUCUGGGUGCUAAAUUGAUAAAAACCUCGGUUAAAGAAGACAUUAACGUGAAUGCGGUAUUUUGGUAUCUAGCAGCUCAAUGUAUAGCCGAGCUGAGGCAAGAGGAAGAAGAAGAAUACACCAUUUCCGGCAACGGAUUACAUCCUCUAACUAUAAGUGCAUUUGGACCUUCUCCUAUACAUCACCAUAGGUAUAAUAACAGCACUAUUGUGUUACAGCCGGGUAAAUCGAGGCAUCGAAAGAAGAAAAAUAUAUUACGGAAUAUUUGUAGGACGUGAUGUAAAUAAUAAGUAAUUUUUUUCUUGUAAUUUUUCUCAUUUUUUUUCUAUUUUGAAUUGUAUCGAUAACAUUUCCUCUUUUUUUUUUACUGUAAGGGUUUUUAAAAUAAAGUUUUAUUAAGUUAUUGAA